UCUAUACAAACCAAGGCGUUCUGCGCUAUCUAUCAUAUACUGACCAAAGAUCUGGAUAUAGUCUACGAUUGAAUACGAAACAUUUGGUUGUUCACUAUAUUGGCCACUGUAAGAUUGUUUUUGCUACUACGGUCGUGAUUGCAGCAGUAUUGACACCCUCGGUGGACGCUGCUGAUCAUCCGUCGGCGGAAUUGUUCGCUGACAGAUGGAGGACGACAGAUGGGAUCCUCGGGAUGUUCAACAAGACAGCGAGGGAUAUCAUGGAAAAUAGGGCAUUCCACACCAAAGGGGAAUACCCUACACACAUUCGACUUAAUUGAGGUCAUGGGCAUGACGGGUCGGAUAACAUAUCUCUCCGGUUGGUAAAUCACACUCAGGCAUCUGCGUAGCCGGCUGCGAUUUAUCUGGUGAGAAACUUUCAUUGCUAGCCAGCUUUCGCUGAGUUAUCUCCGUCUAAAGCCUAGCAUAUCCACCGGGGUGUUAAAACAAUCAUGGUCGACAAUCGCUACGCCACAGCUCUUGUGAUCGCCUGCGUCCUGAGCAUCAUUGCAACGGUUUACCUAUCCGUGGCGGUGGGAACACAGCACUGGUACCAGUAUAUCAGCCCGCCUGUUUACGGCGAGGCCAAUGCCUCAGAGCUUCGCGCUCUUCAGGAAGAAUUCAUGGAUGGCGAGUUCGAUGAAAAGACGUACAGCGACUCCCUCUUCCGCCUCAACGGGACAGUUGGUUUGUGGUGGCGCUGCUUGCAAGUGCCUACAGAAACCCACUGGUACAAAGAACCAGAUCCUAAAAUGGUGAUGGAGUGUGUCAGCUUCACUCCGGCACAACAGUUCACACCCAAGUACAAGGAGCCAGGGAAUCACAACAGUGGAGAGGACAUGAUACGGACCUACUUAUGGAGGUGUCAGUUCCUGCUUCCACUGGUGUCGUUGGGUCUGGUGGUGCUGGCAGGAAUAAUAGGCUUCUGUGCAUGUUUAUGCCACAGUCUUGCCCCCACACUUGGGAUUGGGGUGCUCCAUCUGUUGGCCGCCUUGUGCACCCUGGCCACGGUCUGCUGCUACCUGGCCGGAAUGGACCUGCUGCACCGCGUGUCAGUGCUGCCGGACCGCGUGGACGCCUCCCUGGGCUGGUCGCUCUACCUGGCGCUCAUCUCCUCGCCGCUGCACAUGAUGGCCGCCGCCCUGCUCGUGUGGGCGGCACGCAGCCACAGCCAGAACUACUACCGCAUGACCGCGUACAGGGUAGCAUAAAGAAAACACAAACACAAACACAAACACAAACACAAACACUCCACCCCACGCCUCACCCCCCCCUUAUCCUCGCCCCUCUAUCCUUUCUAGGAGUCCCCCAACUCCCCCCAAAUCCUUUCUAGGAGGAGUGCGGGGGAUGUAGGUCAACCCCUUGCGUUGUUGGACAGUCAUUCAUAGAUCAUAGGUGGCUUUUAAGAUGUUGGCAGUUCAGUUGCUUGCGCUGCUGUGAGUGGUAGGCAAACACUAGCUUUUCCUUAUUUACUUACUUAUUUGUUUGUUUUUUUGUUUAUUUUCUGAUCCUAGAGUUCUCUGCUGUUAUGCUCAAGCUUUAUUGCAUCCUUCGGGCUCUUGACAAGUUACUUUGUUUGGUGUGCUUUCCCCCAAAGGGCACCAAACAGCCUACGCAGCCAUAGUCGUCCUUACUUGUAGAUGACUGCCUAACUUCUUUCUGGUAGCCUUAGCGUUGUUGAACCUUGUCUGUUUCUCAGGGUCAUGUACUUAGUUACUGGUUGAGUCCAGGUCAGCUCUGAGCCUGAGGCGGUGGUUGUCUAGUGACAGCUGAUGUUAGCGUAGAUGUUUUUGGUCCGCCUGAGCACUUUAGCUAGCUGAUUUCACUCAGUGUAGUGUAGUCCUGAUUCAUGAUUUGACACUUACGUCAUGAUUUCGACUUGCAUUAGGGUGUUAUGAACUUUUCAGGUGUGUGAAUUGAAUUGGCAUGUACUCAGAUGUACUGAGUUCUGGCAGACAUACUGUGUGUGUGUGUGUGUGUGUGUGUGUCUGUGUGUGUGCGUGUGUCAUUGUUGGCCUGCUUCUCUGCUAAUGAUAUUGAAAUAAAACAGAUAUCUGAACAUUACAAAAAUCAGUUCUUGCACAGUAAGCCUCACCGUUUUGGAGAUAAAAUAGGAGCAUAAUCACACAUUUUUGUUAGUAUAUUGUUUUUAUUUUGACUUUUAUUUAGUGACAUUAGCUUUCUGUUCCUGAAAGCCAAGGGUAUUUACAGUGAGUAAAUAUAAUCACCUUUUUAAUGCGAUGUCUUUUGGGAAACUGGAGGGAAACAAAUCCAGAGUAUCUGUUUUGCCUGGAAUGCUAUACCGCACCACCCUGGUCCUACCAUACUCUCGUACAUUCAUAAUGUUCAGAGAGUCUGGCCACUUUCCAUUGCCAAGCGUGAACUUCCUUGAAUGUGGAUACUCUGAUGUUUAAAACUAUUGGAUCUGCCCAAAGCCACUCAGAUCUGCCAUAACCAAUCACUAACAUUUGAUCGUGACUUGACUUGCUCAAACUAGCGCACAACCUCAACGUCAUUGUUCUCAGCUAGUCUCUCUGUUUGCUGAUUGGACCUGCACAUUUUUGUCUUGAGAAAAUGUGUGAAUAUACCGCAGACCCAGACUCUCGGUACAUUAUGAAUGUACGAGAGUAUGGUAGGACCAGGCUAAUACUGCACUGAAUCGGGAAUAGAAGGUUAACAUUUGAGCCAAUGAACUCAAGGUGCAAUAGAUAGGAUAGUAUAUUCAGAGACUGAAUAGGAAACUGUGGGAACAUCAUGCUCUGAAAUGCACACAAAGCACAUAUUGUCCCCAAACACUGAGGAAACACAUUACCAAGUGUGGCAUUAAGAGUCUGUAUUAUAGGCCGGUGGAAGCUGGCAGUUGUACGUUUUGAAUUAAGUAUAUGAAGGAAAGAAAAAGUUGAUGCAGAAUCAAUCUUGAAAACUAUCAAAGAGAAUUGCUCUGAUCAAAGAGAACUGGAUUCAACCCAGUUCAGUUUAUGUUUCUUGGCGGUUGUUGCUAUGAAAGAUGUACUGUAGAGCCAGAUAAAGUGAAAAUAGUUAGCCUCUGAAAAUGUGACCCCAUAUCAAGCUAGAAGAAUGGUCUGUUUUUAGUAUUGAGGCAACACAGUCAAGCUCUGAAAUAGAUAUCCACCAUCCAUUUUUGUUGUUUGUUUUUUUUUAAAGAAUUUUAGAAUUUUAUCAGAACUGGAAGUCCAAAGUGACAAGCAUCUCUACCUAUCAAUCAUUUUGCAGGUGCUGAGCAAACCUAAAGUCAGUUACACUUAAGGCUGGCUUACAUUGCACGAUUUUGGUCUGUUUUAACAGUCG